AUGAAAACCAAUCAUAAUCAUCCAUUUCAUUUAGUAGAUUAUAGUCCUUGACCCUUAACAGGCGCUAUUGGAAUUAUAACUCUAGUUUCAGGUAUAAUUAAAUGAUUCCAUAAUUAUAAUUUCAAUUUAUUAAUCUUAGGCUAUAUUAUUGUUAUUAUCACUAUAUAUCAAUGAUGACGAGAUAUUGCACGAGAAGGAACUUAUCAAGGUAAACAUACCAUUUUAGUUUCAAAGGGAUUGCGAUGAGGUAUAAUUUUAUUUAUUAUCUCAGAAAUUUUCUUCUUUGUAUCUUUCUUUUGAGCUUUUUUUCACAGAAGACUAUCUCCUAAUAUUGAAAUUGGAGCAAUUUGACCUCCUACAGGCAUUACCCCRUUUAAUCCAUUUCAAAUUCCUUUAUUAAAUACAAUUAUUCUAAUCUCUUCAGGAGUUACAAUUACUUGAGCCCAUCAUGCUUUAAUAGAAAAUAAUUUUUCACAAACUUUUCAAGGUUUAUUUAUUACAAUUACUUUAGGGAUUUAUUUUACUAUUCUCCAAGCUUACGARUAUAUUGAAGCCUCUUUUACAAUUGCUGAUAGUAUCUACGGUUCUACCUUUUUUAUAGCAACUGGAUUUCAUGGACUUCAUGUAAUUAUUGGAACUAUUUUUCUAUCUGUAUGUUUAAUCCGUCAUUCUUUAAAUCACUUCUCUAAUAAACAUCAUUUUGGAUUCGAAGCUGCAGCUUGAUAUUGACAUUUUGUUGAUGUAGUUUGACUUUUCUUAUAUAUUUCUAUUUAUUGAUGAGGAAAUUAA